UAUUUAAAAAAAUGGAAAAUAGGUUUAUGGGAACUACAUCUACUGAAGAUGAUUUAAUGGAAGGAACUGGUAGUGUUUUAAGUGGUGCAAUUGGAUCUAUUCCGGUCGUUGGUAGCUUUCUAAGUGGUAUUUUUGGUGCAUUUUGGCCAGGCCCUAAGUAUCUAACUGUUGAAGACUUUGAAAAAGAAAUUAAAAAAUUAAAAGAACAAAUGAGUGCUCUGAUGGAUGAAAAGAUAGAAGCUGCACUUGAUAAAGUUUUUAAUGCAAUUAUUGACACUGAAGUUUUAGCUUUAUUAAAUUCUGGUAAUAAUUUUUCAGAUGCCGUCAAUAUAUGGGCAGAAAGAAAUGGUCAAAAAGUAUCAAAUGUACCAAAAAAAAAAAGUAAAUUUGCUAUGGAAAUUCAAGAUUUAGGUGAUGAAGCAAUUAAAGAGCUAUGCAGAACUCAAUAUCAAAUAUUCACUGGUGAUGCUGAAAGAUGUAUUAUUCUAUUAUCUGAUGAUAGAUUUAAUGAAUAUUCAUUAAAUUCCCUUGUUUUUACAAUGGCACAUUAUGUUUCUUCCCAAUUGGAAUGUAUUGCCAAUGGUGUCACAUGGGGUUUUCCAGAGAGUUUUAUUGAAGGUAAUGGAGGAAAUAUUGUUGGUGUAAAGACAAAACUCCAUGAAAAA